AUGAAUAUCGCUCCUGCAAAAGAUGGCAAAGGUGUUGUCGUCUCCGUGAAAAUUCCAGGCUCUUCGCAUGCCUCGGCAAAUGCGUUGAUUACUGCAUUCUACCUCGCCAACCUAAGCGAUCCAAGGUCGGCCAUGGCUGGGAAUUCAUCUGGAAACCAAAAAGAAUCCAAUCAUGUUGGUAAAGAGCGAGACGAUGGUCGCUCAGCUCUCGAGCAAUACUGUGAUGAGCUCCGUAAAUGGGUGAGUUAUCAGUGCCUAAGUAACUUGCUGUGA